AUGUCCGACCAUUUCAGUAAAUGGUUAGAAGCAGUACCAUUACCAAACCAGAGAGCAGAGAAGGUCGCAAGAGCAUUUGUGGAUGAGGUAAUUGCUCGCCAUGGCGUUCCAACCAAGUUGAUAACGGAUCAGGGACGGAACUUUGAGGCAGACUUUAUGAAGAAGGUGUUUGAAAUUCUGGGUGUAAAGAAGUUACGCACGUCACCUUACCAUCACCAGACAGAUGGUCAGGUAGAGAGACUAAACCGGACUUUGAAGGGGAUACUUACAGCCUAUGUUAAUCAGGAUCAUAAUGACUGGGAUAUCCACCUACCACUGGCUCUAUUUGCCUACCGAAAUAGCGUGCAUGCAUCUUCUGGAGUAUCCCCAUUCCGUGCAGUUUAUGGUCGCGAGGCGACAACACCACUGACACUCUUAAGCUCGACGACGGAAACGAAGAAGCAACUAAUUUCAAACUAUAGUGAUCAGUUAAAAAACACGCUGAAAGAUGUGCAUGACAUAAUUUCUUGCCGUAUAAGUCUUGCCCAACAGAAGCAGAAGAAGAAUUACGAUCGGCAACACAAGACAUACAAAAGUACUGAGUUAAAGGAGGGCGAUCGGGUAGGGUUAAAUAACCAAGCAGUCCCAAAAGGAUUGAGCCCAAGUUUCAUUUUCAGUGGGCUGGACCUUACGUGGUUCUAGAUCGCCUGGGUAACUUGAAUUAUCACAUUAAACUUGAAUCUGGGGCUGGAAAAGGAAAAGUGGUACACCGAAACCGCCUUAAGUUGGACAAGAAACAAUCAAGAGGUAAUUGCAUUGAAAGGUCGGACGAAAAACAGCCGGACGCAACUACGUACAAGCCUGGGGUUCUUCACCAAGAAAUCCCGGCAGGUACGCUUGUAGAACAGGCCCCUUUACGUCGCUCAGCACGUAAUCGCAGACAGCCUGAAAGAUAUCAAGACUAUGACUUAAUGGAUGUUGAGAUCGAGGACGCUGUCCGCUAA